AUGGCGAGUGGUAGGCAAAGGGGGGAUGAUACAAAAGAUGUCGCCAAACGAGUAUCUGUGGAGGUUGAGAAGUUUUGGAAGGCAUCCAGUAAGGUGGCUGAGCAUCUGUAUGAGAGAGAUAAAGCAGCUAGAAGGCGUGAAAGGAAUCUUAAGAAGUUGGACGCUCUUGUUGAGAAAUCAGAGUUAUUUGCAGCCUCUGUGGGUGACGCUUUGGAUUCAACGACUAGCCAACAGCCUAGUUAUGCUACACCAUCUACCUACGACUCCCCUCAUCCACCAUUACUGGACUCUGUACCAUCCCAACCACUAACACAGGAGGAACGGCGGGAAGUGGCAGAUGAAAAUGCAGUCGGCUCCGCAAUAGGUGGGAAUGACGUUGACACCAGUAGCAGCAGCCCUAGGAAGAGGCCUAGAAUAUCUGACGAUAUACCCAUCACGGUAGCCAGAUCUGCGGGUGAUCAUUUGGGCUUGAAGACUCCCAUACCAUCUCUAAUGCGGAAUUGUACACUAUUAGAGUAUCAGCACAUAGGCUUGGACUGGUUGGUCACCUUGCAUGAUCAACGUCUCAAUGGUAUACUAGCUGAUGAGAUGGGAUUAGGGAAGACCAUACAAACUAUCGCUAUGCUAGCACAUCUGGCAUGUGCUGAGAAUAUAUGGGGGCCUCAUCUGAUAGUCGUGCCAACCUCCGUUCUCCUCAACUGGGAGCUUGAAUUCAAGAAAUGGCUACCCGGUUUUAAAGUUCUAACUUAUUAUGGAAGCCAAAAAGUGAGGAAAUGGAAGAGGAUUGGCUGGUCUAAAGCCAACAGUUUCAACGUAUGUAUAGUUAGCUACAACCUCGUACUGAAAGAUGCGCAGGCCUUCAAGAGGAUGAGAUGGUAUUAUAUGAUACUGGAUGAGGCACAGCAUAUAAAGGACUUUCGAUCCCAACGAUGGCAGACCUUACUCACCUUUAAUUCCCAGAGGAGGCUUUUACUCACUGGUACUCCACUACAGAACAGUCUCAUAGAGAUGUGGUCCCUGUUGCAUUUUCUUAUGCCUGAUGUUUUCGCUAGCCAUUCGCAGUUUCAGGAAUGGUUCGCUGAUCCGCUUACGGAUGCCAUUGAAAAGGAUAACUCAGCCGAGGGGCAAAGGGAACUGUUACAUCGGCUCCACAAGGUUAUCAGACCCUUUAUACUCCGGAGACUCAAACGACAAGUUGAAAAGCAAAUGCCAAAGAAGUACGAGCAUGUUGUAAAGGUGGAGCUAUCUCGGAGGCAACAAGGGCUGUAUGAGGAGUUCAUGAAUCAGCGUGAUAUAGGACAUGAUGUGGAAAACCUUGAUUGUAAGGGCAUCAUGAAUGUAUUGAUGCAAUUACGGAAAGUCUGUAAUCAUCCAGAUCUAUUCGAGACACGUCCCGUACGCUCACCAUUGGCCAUGCUCCCUUUGACGCUGGAGCUACCCGCAACAUUACUGUUGUGGACUAAUACGCCUUAUAAUAAGGAUUACUCCCAAUAUACCACCUAUGGCUCUCUGUGUUUACCCCUUCUAGAGGUGCGGGGAGACUCUCGUCGUAGGGCGGUCUGGUCUGCUAUGCUUGCUGUAAAGGAUACUCAACUGGGUGAUGGUAAAGGGCAAGGGAAGCAGUAUCGGUGCUUCUUGGACUACGCUAGGGACAAGUUGGAGAUGACUCCUAUAGGACAGACGAGGAGAUGGUUGGAAGACGCCUACAUACUCGAAGAGCGGCUGAAGCAUGAGAGACGGAACCGAGCAGAUGUGGUGUACGAUGCUGCUGCCACCGCCUCCGUUGUGAAUCCGAUGUAUGGUAUUGACUGUAUACGUAUAUGUUAUAUCCAACCCAUGUAUUGUAAUGAAGAUGAGCUGACGAGAGCAUUGAAAGCAAUGUGUCUCCGCCCUUAUGAGAGACUCGAGAAAUAUAGUACCACCUGGCAGGCUUUUUUCCAGUAUGUUGAGAUAGCAGUGGCACCGCUACCACGAGUCAGUUUCUCGGGUGGUCAUCAACAAUCAGAGAGAAUUAGAAGGUAUGAAAGGUACAGUCCCCUGCUGUCACGUUGUACUGCUCGUGUCAGGAUGCAGCGUAAGAGUGUAUUCACGGGACCAUCAUCCUUAGACCAGGAUUCCCUGGCUUAUCAUCACGUUAGGCUUCUUAGACAUUGUCGCUUCCCGGAUAGGGAUAUGAUAGAGAGAGACUGUGGGAAGAUGCGGAAGCUUGGGGAACUUCUUACUACUCUCCGCGAUGGUGGCCACAAGUGUAUUGUCUUCACACAGAUGUCUAAGAUGCUUGACAUCAUCGAAGCCUCUAUGAAUCUUCAUGGCUUCACCUACGUUAGAUUAGAUGGCAGUACUCCAGUUUUGCGGAGGCAACUAGUCGUAGAAGCAUUCAACAAAUCCCCCAAAAUCUUUGCCUUUAUAGCCUCGACUCGAGCAGGAGGUGUUGGUAUUAAUCUCACAGGUGCCGAUUGCGUGAUAUUCUAUGAUUCCGAUUGGAACCCUGCAAUGGACCGCCAGGCCAUGGAUCGAUGCCAUCGUAUUGGUCAGACGCGUGAUGUACACAUCUUCAGGUUGUUGUCUCAUCAUACAAUAGAAGAGAACAUCUUCCAUAAGCAACUACAGAAGCGGAUGUUGGAUGAUGUUGUUGUGGAUGAGGGAGCCUUCACAACACAGACCAUUAUCAAAUGGACAG